AUGGAUCACUUAUCUGUACCACACCACAUUUGUGCCUUAACUACAGAAGGAAAAUCAAACAAUGAACCAGUCUCUGCAAAAUCAAUCAUAGUGCCAGUAGCAUCUCUCCCUGCAAAUGAGAGCAGCAAUUCUACAAUUACAGCCACCGAAACUGGUAAAACAGCGUGUAAAAAUCUUCAAGAUCCAAUAUCUCCAACUGAAAUUGAGUCAGAUUUAGAUGAGCCAAGUGUAGAUGAUCAGCCAAAUUUAUCUGCUUACAAGAAACAGAGUACGCCUUUGCAAAGUGGUAUAGAAGGGUACAUAAACAUAUCAAAACCAGAUUUCGAAGCAAAAAUGCUAGAAAUGGUUGAAAGCAUUAGCAGAAAAGUGGACAGACUAAGCAUUUCAUCAGGUUUCGUCAGCACAGGCAGGGUUAUCAUCCUCCGGGUCAACACCUGA